AUGCUUGGUCGGGCUCUGUUGAGGACUGCCUUAUGGGCAGCAGCAGUUUAUGCUCAAGCCCAGGAAGGCGUUGACAGCACUUCAGGCGAAGCUCCAGAACCUGAACUAUACACCAAAGACCUGUCACCAUGUCCUGGUUACAUUGCGAAGAACUAUGGGAAAACAAAGUCUGGCUUUCAUGCGGACCUCACCUUGGCCGGCGAAGCCUGCAACCUUUACGGCAUUGACCUACCGGAUCUCAAGCUAGAGGUCGAGUAUCAAACAGCCGAAAGACUACAUGUCAAGAUCCUGGACACGAACAACACCGUCUACCAAGUCCCGGACGAGAUCUUCCCCCGGCCUGGCUACGGACAAUGGUGCUCACAAGAAGACUCCCAGCUCAAAUUCGACUUCGUCGCCGAGCCAUUCUCCUUCUCAGUCUCUCGCACAGAUUCUGGAGAAGUGCUGUUCGACACCAGUGGCAGCAAGCUAGUCUUCGAGAGCCAAUACGUGCACUUGAAGACCAAGCUGCCAGAAGACCCUCAUCUCUACGGCCUCGGCGAGCAUAGCGACUCGUUCAUGCUGAAUUCCACGAACUAUACCAGGACCAUCUGGACUAGAGAUGCGUAUUCCCUGCCGCAGGGCGAGAAUCUGUAUGGAGCGCACCCGAUAUACUUUGAGCACCGAAAGGAUGAGGCGGGAGCAAAGACGCAUGGUGUCUUCUUGCUCAACUCGAAUGGUAUGGACAUCUACAUUGACGAUAAGGAUGGUCAAACUCUGGAGUACAACAUCAUUGGAGGCGUCCUCGAUUUCUACUUCAUUGCAGGACCGUCGCCGAAGGACGUGGCUCAACAGUAUGCUGAGAUUGCAGAGCUGCCUUUGAUGACACCAUAUUGGGGACUUGGAUUCCAUCAGUGCAAAUACGGAUAUCGCGACGUCUACCAAGUGGCUGAAGUGGUAGCAAACUACUCCGAAGCCGACAUUCCUCUAGAAACGAUGUGGACCGACAUUGACUACAUGGACCUGAGGAGGGUCUUUACUCUUGACCCCGAACGCUUCCCAGCACAUCUCGUUACUGACCUAGUUAACACGAUCCAUGCCCGCGAUCAGCACUACAUCGUCAUGGUUGACCCUGCAGUCUGGUCAGCCGGCUCAAAUGAUGCUCUCGAUCGUGGUAUAGACUACAACACCUUCCUGAAAGAAUCGAAUGGGAGCUUGUAUCAAGGUGUAGUCUGGCCUGGACCCACUGUCUUCCCUGAUUGGUUCCAUCCCAAUGCGAGUGCCUACUGGAACGAGCAGUUCACCACGUUCUUCAACGGCGUACAGGGACCGGACAUUGACGCUCUGUGGAUCGACAUGAACGAACCGGCAAAUUUCUGUAACCGACCAUACCCAUGCAACAGCCCCACAGGUUUCGCAGAAGAAGAAGGCAACCCGCCUGAACCACCUCCAGUCCGUGGUGGCCCAGAUGCUCCGAUUCCUGGAUUCCCAGCCAGUUUACAGCCGAACUUCGCGAAUGGCGAUGAGAAGCACCCCGUAGCUGUGUCUAAGCGCGAUCAACGUGCAAAGCCACACGGUCGCGGUCGCGGCAGUGGUCACUGGCAUGGUCAAAGCCACAAGCCUAGUAAGGGCGGCUGGCAGCAGGGUAAACAGUCAGGAUCUGGCUGCGGUCCUGGAGAGUGUCUUGGUCUGCCCAACCGCGAGUAUAUCCUACCUCCCUACAUGAUCCAAAAUGGAGCUGGUCCAACCCUGGCGGAAGGUACCGCAGACACGGACUUGGUGCACUCAGGAGGCCUCGUUGAGUAUGACGUUCACAACUUGUACGGGACGAUGAUGAGCACUUACUCGAAGAAUGCGAUGCUUGCGAGAAGACCUGAUGUGCGCCCUCUUGUCAUCACUCGAUCGACGUUCGCCGGUGCUGGCAAGGAUGCCUCUCACUGGCUUGGCGACAAUGUUUCCGGCUGGCUGUGGUACAGGAUCUCGAUCAGCCAGCAGCUACAAUUCGCCUCCUUAUACCAGAUUCCAGUCGUAGGCUCCGACGUCUGUGGCUUUGGCGGCAACACAACCGACACUCUCUGCGCCCGCUGGGCAACCCUCGGCUCCUUCAGCACCUUCUUCCGCAACCACGCCGAAAUCUCCUCCAUCGACCAAGAAUUCUACCGCUGGCCCAUCGUCGCCAGCGCUGCCCGCAACGGCAUCCGGAUGCGCUACUUGCUCCUCGACUACAUCUACACAGCCAUCUACCGUCAGAACCAAACCGGCCUGCCAUGUCUGAACCCGCUCUUCUUCAACUACCCCGAAGACCCCAAUACCUACCCUAUCGACCUUCAAUUCUUCUACGGCGACGGGAUCUUAGUUAGUCCGGUUACUGAGGAGAACUCCACUAGCGUGCGAUACUACCUCCCCGACGAUAUCUUCUACGACUUCGCCACCGGCAAACCAGUCCGUGGCGAGGGCGCAUAUGUCACUGCUGAAGUGCCAUACGACAAAAUCCCAGUCCACUAUAAGGGCGGGCACAUUUUCCCGCAGCGCGUCGAGAGCGCUAAUACCACGACCGCACUGCGCACGAAAGGGUUCAACAUCGUCAUUGCGCCAGGUCUGGAUGGCAUGGCGGAAGGCUUCCUGUAUCUGGACGAUGGCGAGUCGUUGGUGCAGGAUGCGGUUUCGGAGAUUGAGUUCAAGUACGAGAGUGGGAAGCUGAGCAUGACGGGGAGCUUCGAGUAUGAUGCUGGCGUGAGGAUUGAGAGUGUUACGCUGCUGGGCGUCAGUGAGGCGCCGGAGAGGGAGUUUGAGAAUGUUGAGUAUGAUGAGAGGACUCUGAAGAGGGUGGUUGUUCUUGCGAUUCCUUUGACGGGGCCGCGGGAGGUGGAGAUUUUGUGA